UCGUAGCAGUCUGCAAAGGAUUCUAGUCGCUAACGGUUCUCCAAAAAGUUCCCCCCAUCAACCAUCCAAAGCAAAUCGUCGCGUGCGUUCUAUUCAGUUGAUAAAUUCAAAAGAUUUCAGUCGCGAAAAGUGCACAAAAGUGAAGACAGCAACAACAAAAAUAACAGCAAAGCAAAGCAGCUUCAAAAAAAGUAAUUCCCUAAAGAAGAGAAGCAAACCCCCAUAAAGAAAGAAAUGGAUUCCGCAGCAGCCGCCGCCGCCAAGCGCGUACAGAUCGAGAAGGCGCACAAUUUCAUGCGCCAGUACCGCGAUCCCGAAUCGCGCGAACUCAAGAAGCUGUCGGCCAAUCAGUUCAUGGAUGUCUGGGCCCACUACGAUAAGGAUGGCAACGGCUACAUUGAGGGCACUGAGCUGGAUGGUUUUCUCAGGGAGUUUGUGGCCAGUGCCAAUGUCACAGACAUUAGUCCAGAGGCCGUCACGGACACAAUGCUCGAGGAGCUAAAAUCCUGCUUCAUGGAGGCCUACGACGAUAAUCAGGAUGGCAAAAUCGAUAUCAGAGAGCUAGCUCAACUUUUGCCCAUGGAGGAGAACUUCCUUUUGCUUUUCCGCUUCGAUAACCCAUUGGAAUCAAGCGUGGAAUUCAUGAAGAUCUGGCGCGAGUACGACACCGACAACUCGGGCUACAUUGAGGCGGAUGAACUGAAGAAUUUCCUUCGCGAUUUGCUCAAAGAGGCCAAAAAGAUCAAUGAUGUGUCCGAGGACAAGCUCAUUGAGUACACCGACACCAUGCUGCAAGUCUUCGAUGCCAACAAGGACGGACGUUUGCAGCUGUCGGAAAUGGCCAAAUUGCUUCCGGUUAAAGAGAACUUCCUCUGCCGUCAGGUGUUUAAGGAGGGCAUUGAUGGUGCCACCAAGCUGACCAAAGACGAUAUCGAGAAGGUGUUCUCGCUAUACGAUCGCGACAACAGCGGCACCAUUGAAAAUGAGGAACUCAAGGGCUUCCUCAAGGAUCUUUUGGAGCUGGUCAAGAAGGACGACUAUGAUGCACAGGAUCUGGCCGCCUUUGAGGAGACCAUCAUGCGGGGCGUGGGCCAUGACAAGCACGGCAAAAUCUCCCGCAAAGAGCUGACCAUGAUCCUCCUGACACUGGCCAAAAUAUCGCCCGACGAUGAGGAGUAAGGAGAUUUUUGUUUAGCCAAAUUCCAUAUUUGUCACCCCUUUUGUGGUAAACCAAACAACCAAAAUCUAGGCACCGAAGGCCACGAGCCAAUUGAUUACUUUAAAACUGCUGAAAAAAUUAGCAGAAAAUAACAAGAUUUUGGUAAAAAUGGAGAAUCUCCAAAGCAAAUGAAAUGGAGAUUCAACCCGAAACAAAAAA